UGCUGCUGCCAGACCAGUCAAUUCAAUUCCCUCUCUGGGUUGAUUAUAGGUUCAGCGACGACCUGAACACUUCUGCCGCCGACCCUAAUGUCAGCAGUUCCCGCGACAGACGCGGCUUCACUGCCUCGCAGUCACCACGAUGGCCAGACCGAGCUGCCCAAGAAGGCCCAGUCCUCUGGCAACUACAAGGGGUUUGUCGCUGGUGUCUUCAGCGGUAUUGCCAAAUUGACUGUUGGACACCCGUUCGAUACGAUCAAAGUCAGAUUACAAACGUCAACAUCGUCGCAAUUCAACGGACCACUCGACUGCUUGAUGCAGACACUCAGAAGAGAAGGGCCACAAGGACUAUACAAAGGCGCAACACCUCCGCUGGUAGGAUGGAUGUUUAUGGACAGCUUGAUGCUGGGAAGCCUGACCUUUUACCGCAAACUCCUAAAUGACCGCGUCUUCCAACCCAUGCACGAGACCAGAGCUGCACAAGGCGUGUAUGCUGUGCCAGCCGAUCGAACGCUUCCAACGAUAGGCCAUGCGAUUGCAGGAGUCAUGGCAGGGAGCACGGUAUCGUUCAUUGCAGCCCCUGUAGAACAUGUCAAAGCGCGCCUGCAGGUGCAGUAUUCAGCCGACAAGUCGAAACGUCUGUACUCUGGACCCAUCGACUGUUCACGACAGAUCUUCCGUCAACACGGGCUGCGGGGCUUGUAUCACGGUCUUGGAGCGACAUUGAUAUUCCGCACUUUCUUCUUCUUCUGGUGGGGUUCGUACGAUGUGUUUACGAGGUGGUUCAAGAAAAACACGGACUUGUCUACACCAGCUAUCAACUUUUGGGCAGGAGGACUGUCGGCGCAAGUGUUUUGGUUGACGAGUUACCCAUCAGAUGUCAUCAAGCAGCGCAUCAUGACAGAUGAUUUGGCAAAUCGAAAGUUCCCACGAUGGAGAGAUGCUGCAAGGGCAGUAGGAAGAGAGAAUGGAUGGAGGGGCUACUGGAGAGGAUUCGUUCCGUGCUUCCUAAGAGCAUUUCCCGCAAAUGCAAUGGCGUUGGUUGCAUUUGAAGGUGUCAUGAGGAUGCUCUGACUGAAGAAAGGACUUUCCGAGGCGGACAAGACUUCGGUCCUCGGUGGUGAAAAGGGAAGCACGGCAUGGCCGUGAGACUCGGCUUAAGCAGAGCUGCAAAGAAUGGUACUCUCAGCUCAGAGUCAGGGACCCACCAUCCAAUCUUGUAUAGAGACGAUAGACUUUUUAUAUAUACCCAACAAUGGCAACGCAGAAGUAGCUACACUG